UUCCCUUCUCUUCCUUCGCUAGAAGCCGCGCUCUGCUCUUCCCUCCCCCUCCCCCGAGAGGCCGAGAGACCCGCCUGCCUGCCUCCCCCUCGCCGGCGGCGCGCCCGCCCCGUCGCCCUCGCCCGCCGCGCCGGCAUCCACUGUUCCCUCUCUUUGAGAGGACUUGCAAGGAGCUGAAUGGAGCCGAAACUAGCAUUCCCCCAGGAUAGUCCACCACUUGCCAUCCUCUGUGCUGCUAAGGUCGCAGGUGUUUCCCUCACCCUCGAUCCGAAGCUCGCCUCGGGUUCAGCACCCACACUUCACCUUGGUUCUGGGGAUUUUAUCCACGGUGUUAACACAAUUCUUCGUUACAUUGCUCGUGUUGCAUCUGUUACCAGUUUCUAUGGUCAGGAUGCUAUUCAGGCAGCAUAUGUUGAUCAAUGGCUCGACUACGCCCCAGUCAUUCUUUCAGGAUCUGAAUUUGAAGCUGCUUGCUCAUUUCUAGAUGGAUACCUAGCAUCACGAACCUUUUUGGUUAGUUAUGGCUUGUCAAUUGCUGACAUUGUAGUAUGGUCAAAUCUUGCAGGGACAGGCCAACGAUGGGAAAGUCUAAGGAGGUCCAAGAAAUAUCAAAACCUUGUUCGCUGGUUCAACAGCAUAGCAGACUAUUCAGACACACUAGAUGAAGUUGUCUCUGCUUAUGUUGGAAAAAGGGGGAUAGGAAAGUCUCCUGCACCAAGCCUGAAAGAGAAAUUACCUGAUUCAAAGCAGAAUAUCUCAAUCCCUGAAGUAGAUCUCCCAGGUGCAAAAGUUGGGGAGGUCUGCGUUCGCUUUGCCCCCGAGCCUAGUGGGUAUCUUCACAUUGGUCAUGCAAAGGCUGGACUUUUGAACAAGUACUUUGCUGAGAGAUAUAAAGGGCGCCUGAUAGUUCGAUUUGAUGACACAAACCCUUCGAAAGAAAGCAAUGAAUUUGUUGAGAACGUCCUGAAGGAUGUAGAAACACUGGGAAUAAAAUAUGAUAUAGUUACUUACACAUCAGAUUAUUUUCCGCAGUUAAUGGAAAUGGCUGAAAAUUUGAUUAAGCAAGGGAAGGCUUAUGUUGAUGAUACACCAAAGGAGCAAAUGAGGAGUGAGAGAAUGGAUGGUGUGGAAUCUAAAUGUAGAAAUAAUACUGUUCAGGAUAAUUUGUCAUUGUGGAAAGAGAUGAUCAAUGGAACUGAAAGGGGUAUGCAGUGUUGUGUACGGGGUAAACUUGACAUGCAGGACCCUAACAAAUCACUUCGAGAUCCUGUAUACUACCGUUGCAACACUGAUCCCCAUCAUCGUAUUGGCUCAAAAUACAAGGUCUAUCCAACUUAUGACUUUGCUUGUCCAUUUGUCGACGCAUUGGAAGGAGUGACUCAUGCUCUCCGCUCAAGUGAAUACCAUGAUCGGAAUGCACAGUACUAUCGUAUCCUUCAAGAAAUGGGGUUAAGGAGGGUAGAAAUCUAUGAGUUCAGCAGGUUGAAUAUGGUUUACACGGUUCUUAGCAAACGCAAGCUUCUCUGGUUUGUACAAAACAAAAAGGUGGAGGACUGGACUGAUCCACGCUUCCCCACUGUACAAGGCAUAGUACGUCGUGGCUUGAAGGUUGAAGCUUUGGUACAAUUUAUACUUGAGCAGGGUGCCUCUAAAAAUCUAAAUCUUAUGGAGUGGGAUAAACUCUGGACAAUCAACAAGAAGAUAAUUGAUCCAGUGUGUGGAAGGCAUACUGCCGUUCUGAAAGACCAGCGUGUGCUUUUCACUCUUACUAAUGGUCCAGAGGAACCAUUCAUCCGAGUCUUACCCAGGCACAAGAAAUACGAAGGUGCUGGAAAGAAGGCUACAACCUUCACAAACAAAAUUUGGUUGGAGAGUGCUGAUGCAUCAGUUAUUAGCAUCGGUGAGGAAGUUACUCUGAUGGACUGGGGAAAUGCUAUCAUCAAAGAAAUCAAGACACAGAAUGGAAUUAUAACUGAACUGCUUGGGGAACUCCAUCUUGAGGGGUCAGUUAAGAUGACAAAGUUAAAGCUAACGUGGCUGCCAGAUAUUGAAGAUCUUGUAUCUCUCUCGUUGGUAGAGUUUGACUACCUAAUCAAAAAGAAAAAGCUGGAAGAAGAUGAUAAUUUCCUUGACAAUCUUAAUCCAUGCACUUGCCAAGAGUUUCCGGCUCUUGGAGACGCAAACAUGCGGAAUCUCAAACAAGGAGAAAUCAUACAGCUUGAAAGGAAAGGGUAUUACAGGUGUGAUGCUCCAUUUAUCCGGUCUUCCAAACCAAUUGUCCUUUUCGCUAUUCCAGAUGGACGACAAAAGUCCGCAACGAAGUAGGAACCUAUAAGAUGGUUUCUGGAACAGCAAAUACAAGAAUCAUGUUCCUGAUAAAACUGGUGUUGUAAACUUGUUGAUUGGAAUUUUAAACUUAAAUAAUUUUGUUGCUCCUUUUAUUCUGACUAUAUGAAAAUUAGCUGAUCGAUCAUA